CGUUAACAAGGUCACUGCGCUGAAGGCUGAAGUCCGGCGGAUGCUCUGAGCUUGGACGUGUUAGCUUGCCGUUUUACACCGUGAACACGGUUGUUGACCUGAUUUUUCCAUGACCUGGCUGGCGGAUCUUGCAUUGACAUUAGCCACAAUUGAUUGAGUCCACAGGUUAGCACUAAGCUAGCGGGCCAUUGUCAGCCAGGACCCAGAAAAAGCAGCAGCAUCAUCAUCAAUGGUGUGUCUACAUCCCGGAGCCGUCACAUUCUCCUGUGUCCGCUCAAUGAACCAGCUCCUCAGCUCUCAGCGCAGCUGCACAUGUAUGGCGUUUGCGAGGCUCGGAGGGGAGUUUUGCCAAGCCCAGCACCUGCUGCUUAUUGUGGACAAGUGAACAGGAGACACCAGCUAGGCACAAUCACUGCCAUUCAUACACACAGGUCCUUACUGCCAUCCUGUUCGACCCAUAUGAAGACAAGCCAACCUUCAGUCUGCAACGUGUCCUGGGGAGAAGUGGAGGAGUUGGUUCCAGCACAGGAGUUUACUCUCUUUACUCUUCCUCUUUCCUGCUUUUCCUUUUUUCUUCUUCUGCCUGGAUUUGUGGAAGUCUUCUCCGAAUGGGCUAACAGAUUUAAUAGAAAGGAAAGGCCGAGCUUUUUUUUUCUUCAGAACUUUGAGUGGGUUCUCACCGGUCUUCGUUCUGCUAAGUUUUUUUGACCAAGCCAAUUUUAGUUUGUCCUUUAUUGCCAAGGAAGUUUUUUCUGCCUACUUCUUUACCAAAAAAUAGUUUCUUUAGUUUGUACUUUUCAUUAUCAAAGGAAUAGAACAUUUUUGCUUUUUCCGGAACAAUAUUGAUAUAGUAGUGGAAUUAAUUGUUGAGUUUUUCUUUAAGUAGAAGCUUUUUUUUAAUAGCUUUUUUUAAAAACAUCCAGAAGACGUUUUUAUUUUUUAUUUUUGAGGACUCCCUAUCACUCCAUUCUUUGAAGCACAGUCCUUUUUUUCUGGCCUUUGUUCUUCAUUGGGAACCCUGAAAAUGAACCGACCAGCUCCAGUGGAGAUUUCUUACGACUGUCUGAGAUUUCUCAUCACGCACAAUCCCACCAAUGCACAAAUGGGAAGAUUCAUAGAGGAUCUCAAGGCAUUUGGCGUUAACACCGUGGUGAGGGUGUGCACUGCCACGUAUGACAAGACACCAGUGGAACAAGAAGGCAUACAAGUCGUGGAUUGGCCAUUUGAUGAUGGCUCUGCCCCCCCAGACCAGAUUGUUGAUGACUGGCUGAGUCUGCUGCAGGCGAAGUUCAGAGAGGAGCCCGGCUCCUGUGUGGCUGUGCACUGCGUUGCCGGACUGGGACGAGCUCCUGUGUUGGUGGCCCUGGCUCUCAUUGAGUGUGGGAUGGAAUAUGAAGAUGCAGUGCACUUAAUCAGACAGAAGCGUCGUGGAGCGCUUAACGCCAAGCAGCUGCAUUACCUUGAGAACUACAAGCCCAAACUGUGUCUGCGCUCCAAAGACGCUAACGGACAGAGCUGCUGCGUACAGUAGGCAUUUUAAAAAGUGAAGGCGUUAGAAGUUUUUAUCUCUGUUCCUUGAUUUGUAACCCCGCCCGAACAUGUAGCAAAGUACCCAGGAAUACUCUUUAUUUGAAUUAAAGUCAGACAGAACUGAAAGCUUGUUUGUUUGUAAAAAUUCAAAACAACUGCUCCAAAGCUCACCUUCUCACUGUUUACUAUUACAAGUGAAGAUUGUUUGACUUUAAACAGCAACUUGCAGGUUGAAAUUUUUACAAUUUAAAUCCUUAGUUCAUUUAAAAUCAAUGUGUCUGAUUACACCAUAAUGAAUGUGAGCAACUGUCAUUUAGUGAGUUGACCUCUUUGGCUAAUUUUUCAUUUUAUAUUUCCUGACUCAUUUGCAGGCUUAUCGGUAUAAACGGGAGUAAAAGCUGUUACUUCGGCCCAGAUAGAGAUGCUCGUCAAUUGACUUGAGUUGACAACCUGCAAGUUGCUCUUUCAAACUCUUUAAUUUUGGAUCAGACAUCAUGAUCAAUGUAGCAUCUGUAGACCUGGUGUGUUUGACAGCAGCUUGAUAUUCGUUCUAAGCGACAACUCUAAAAAUACUCAAAAAAAAAAAAAAAAAAAGCUCACAACAUGUACAUUCAGAGUAGUGCUGAGUUAUUGAACAACAAUCCUGAAACUUGCUCAUUCAUUUCCAACCAUCCACACUGACCAAAUCGACGUCCUGCAGCCAGAUCGAGGCGCACGUGACGAAGAAUUUCAGCAAGUCAGGAUAAAAAAAAAGAGAUGAGCGUGAGGAAAGUGUCCUCAGUCUGAUGCAAACGUGGGACACACUUUUAUCAAACAAGAGUAAAAUUGACCUACCUAUAACAUAUGUCCCAGAGUGGAGCCGUAGGCUGCUUCUCUAGAAAGAAACGAUGUGAAUCUGUGUUGGCUGUAAAUGUUCAGCGCUGACCGUCAUAAUGUCACCAAUGCCAGUGAACCAACAAAUUAAAGCCCAGUUGGUGAAUGUAUUAACAAAGGAACACUUAAAUAUUUUGGUAGAUUAUUCUGUUAGCUCUCAAACAUUAACAACAAAUAAAAUCUCUAUACAUAUACCUGUAUAUUUAAUCAUACACAGCGAUGAGCGAUGGCAGUAUACACUAUCAGAUCAUAAUCCUCCUGCUGACUAUUAAGCGUAGAUUAUAUUGGGUGGUAAUCUGCAUGAUAACACUCCUGGAUGCACAGUUGGACGAUAGUAGAGGAUUUGCUAUUAGGCUGCAUCCACACUGAUACACUUUUAGAUUCGACAGGCUUAAAUGUUAAGCCUUUCGACGUUUCUCCUCAGUAUUCACACAGCUCCGAACCCGAAAACUGUGACCUUAACAAACACUUUUACUUUGAAAACUCCGUGGUUGCGUUUUAGUCUGGACCAGAAGAAACCCGACACUUUCAGACCUUCCGAUCGAUUUCACAACCCCCUUCACUUCUCGGUGGUUAAUCCAACACAGAUGAUAAACUUCAAGUGUUGUCGUCUUUGUUGUGUGUGUUAGUAGCUGUUGUGCAGUUAAAUUCUGCAUUUUGCUCUGGAAUAUAUUAGUCGAAACGAUCUGCAACUGUUUCCGUGUCCAGCUGCAUCAUGGGUCCCAAACGUGGAGCGACACGUGUUUUCAGGAGAUAAUAUAAAACGAGAUUACACUAAAACACUCAUGUGGACAGAGAUUAAGCAAAAAGUAAAAAAAAAAAAAAAAAAGUGUUAGUGUGGAUGCUGCCUUCAGCCUAGCAUUUAACAAAAGAAGGCUGAUGUUUCGCUAACGCAAAAACACAAAGAUUGUUUUGCUGCCCAGCUUUUCACUAAUUAAUAGGACAAUCUGUCAAAUACUUGGUGUGUUCCUGUGUCUGUGGAGCCAACGUGGCUGCCACCGAAACCUUAGUGGCCGUAGUCGUUGUCUGUCUCCGGGUAAUUCUUCGGUCAGCUGCUGUGUUUGUAAGAUCUUGGUCUCUGUGAUGUUAUUGUUUUUCUGUAGGAUCUUGUUUCCUUUCCCUUUGUCAACUGUAUCUGUUUGUACCUGUUAUUUAUUUAUUUAUUUAUUGAUUGUCUCUUUGUGCAAUGUCCGUCUGAUGGAGAAAAAAAAAUCUAUUAGUCAAAUUGGAAAAUUAAAGUGUUUAGUACUGUAAA